AUGGUAUUCAUUGACCAUUCUGCUUUGAAGUUUUUGCUGGAAAAGACAAAUUCCAAGCCAAGGCUCAUAAGAAUAGAGGGAGUCCCUAAACCCAUUCCACUCAAGGAUGAUUUUUCUGAUGAGCAACUCUUAGAGUUGUAUGUUUCACAAGUGCCUUGGACUGCAUUUAAGACACCCUUCAGCAUGUCUCCAUAUAGGGUUAUCUAUGGAAAAACUUGUCAUUUACCAGUUGAAGUAGAACACAAGGCAUAUUGGGCAGUGAAAACUUGUAAUUUGUACUACGACUCAGCUAAAGAGCAAAGGACGUUGCAACUGCAAGAAUUAGAGGAGCUGUGGUUAGAGGAAUAUGAGAACUCAAGAAUUUAUAAGAAAAAGACUAAAAGAUACCAUGACAAGAUGAUAUCUAGGAAAGAAUUUUGUGUUGGUCAAAAGAUCCUCUUGUUCAAUUCUUGCCUCAAAUUCAUUCCAGAAAAGCUUAGAUUAAGGUGGAUAGGUCUAUUCACAGUUAUAAAGGUGCUUCCUCAUGGUGUAGUGAAAAUCAAAAGUGAUUCCACUUACAAGAGCUUUAUGGUAAAUGACCAUCGUCUAAAACACUUCAUGUAA